AUGGGGCAGGUCGCCUGGAAAGCCCUGUGCUUGUCCCUGUUUGACUACAAAACGGAGAAGUAUGUCAUCGCUAAGAACAAGAAAGUGGGGGUUCUCUACCGAGUGGUCCAGCUCUCCAUCAUGGCCUACAUCGUGGGGUGGGUGUUUGUGACCAAGAAAGGCUACCAAGAUGUGGACACGUCCAUCCAGAGCUCCGUCAUCACUAAGCUGAAAGGGGUGGCCUUCACCAACACCUCGGAGCUGGGCGAAAGACUAUGGGAUGUUGCCGAUUAUGUCAUCCCCCCGCAGGGCGAAGGUGUCUUCUUCAUCAUGACCAACUUGAUCGUCACCCCAAACCAGCGUCAGGCCACGUGUGCUGAGAGUCAUGGCAUUCCAGAUGCUCUUUGUUACCAGAACAGUGACUGUCCAGCUGGGGAAGUUGUAGUUUCUGGCAACGGAGUAAAGACAGGACGCUGUUUGAAGGUUGGAGGCCACAUGAGCGGGUCGUGUGAAAUCCUCGCUUGGUGUCCGGUGGAGAAGAAAGGCAAACCCAAAAAGCCUCUUCUGGCAAAUGCUGAAAACUUUACCGUUUACAUCAAGAACUCCAUUCGCUUUCCCAAGUUCAAAUUCUCCAAGACCAAUGUUCUUGACACUGAAGACGAGACCUAUUUGAAAACGUGCCGCUACGGACCGGAGCAUCGUUACUGCCCCAUAUUCCUUCUGGGAAACCUUGUCAGGUGGGCUGGGAGCAACUUUCAGGAGAUGGCAUCCGAGGGUGGUGUGAUAGGCAUUCAGAUUGAAUGGGACUGUGACCUUGAUAGAGGUGCCUCUGAAUGCAACCCUCACUAUUCUUUUAGCCGGCUGGAUAACAAGUUUGCUGAGAAAUCCAUCUCGUCGGGCUACAACUUCAGAUUUGCCAAAUAUUACAAGGAUGCAGCUGACGUUGAUUUCCGCACACUGAUCAAGGCAUAUGGAAUCCGCUUUGAUGUGAUGGUGAAUGGCAAGGCAGGGAAAUUCAACAUUAUUCCAACAAUUAUCAAUGUGGGAUCAGGCCUGGCUCUCAUGGGUGCUGGAGCUUUCUUUUGCGAUCUGGUGCUCCUCUAUCUGAUCAAAAAGAGCAAUUUUUACCGGGGCAAAAAAUAUGAAGAAGUGAGGUCAAGCACAAGAAAGCCCUUGCCCGAAAGUACGGUCAACGGGAACCAGAGCGACGACUCUUUGUCUAGGCUAGAUCAGCUGAGACAACUGCAGACUGUUGAAACUUAG